AUGUUGACUGUAUUUGGAUACCAAAGAAAGAGUGAAGGAGAGAGGUGGAGGUUUUCUAGAGACAGUGAAGGGUACGGUUUAGGAGGUUGUAGAGAAGUCGAAGGUGUGGUUGUUCCUGAAGAAGAUGUAGAUUAUGUAUGGGCUUAUAUGGAUAAAGGCGUGGAAGAUCUAACCCAGAAGUGUGAAAAAAACAGCAAGUUAUGGUUAGCUGUGGCAACACUUGCGCUGGUACCUCACACAUAA